AUGUCUCCCUCCACAGUUCCACUAACGGUUGGCACACCCCCUCCGCAAGUUACCAUGGUCCUCGACACGGGCAGUGAACCCUCUUGGCCACACUACAAGAAAACCCUAAACACACUCCGUUUUCACAUACCAACACCUUUACCAUAUUUUGAUGGAGUUACCUAUACGGUUCAGCUUGAAGGAACUAAGGUUUACAAUGCACUGAAAAACGUAUUCACGAGGAGAACGAAGGGAAUUCUAAGGCCAUUUGAAGGGACUGUGGAUUUGUGCUACAGAGUUGAGCUGAAUAGAACAGUUUUGCCUCCAUUGCCGACUGUGAAUUUGUUGUUUAGAGGAGUGUAA